AAGCUGUUUGCAUAAAGCUCCGUAGGGAGGAGUUUACGCUUUCCGUGGGAGAGCAGAGGGAGCGAAUAGGGAAUUUAAAAGGGUUGUGCAACGUUUGCAUCAGGGAAUCGAUACCCGGGGAUUGAAGGAGUGGAGAGAGCAGAGGACAGUCAUUGUGGAUACGACCGCCGCUCUAAAACAUUCCAGCAGCUCAAUCAUUCCUUUAUCGAGUUGCAGUUUUGCGUAAAGCCGCAUACCUUCUGACUGACACUAGCAGACAUAAGGUUAGCUCACAGGUUGCACAAGUGUUAUUAUUAUCAAACAAUGCGGUAGUGGUGAGAGCAGUGAAAAGAGCAGAGAAGGAUAAUAUCUGUAGAGAAGAGGCAACACUGUAGGUUACAGUUUUCUUUGUUGAGUUCCUCUGCAAAACUAAAGGCUAAAAGAUGUCUAAACCAAAUUACACAGGAACAUUUCACAUGGUGUCUCAAGAUAACUUCGAGAACUACCUCGCAGCUUUGGAUAUUAAUUUUGCCCUGCGGAAGAUAGUGUGUAUGUUGAAGCCCACUAAACAGAUAGUCCACGACCCGGCCACGGGCAUUAUGAAGAUCCGCACAUUGACCACCUUUAAGAACUUUGAUAUGGAUUUCGUACUGGGUCAGGUCUUCACCGAGGACCUGGGACCUGUGGAUGGACGAGUCUGUCAGACCACAGUGGACUGGGAGGGUGAUAAGCUGGUGUGUGUUCAGAGAGGAGAGAAAGAGGGAAGAGGAUGGACACACUGGCUGGAGGGAGACAAGCUACACCUGGAGAUGAGAGUUGGAGAUGUGGUCGCCAGGCAACUCUUCAAGAAGGCAGACUGAAACCACUGGAAGGAUCUCGUUCAUCAACUCAACGUUCAUGAUUCUCAUUAGAAAACAGUCUAGGACUUGGUAUAUAAGUGCCAUAGUUUUAAAAAUAUGAUCAUCAUUGUUUUAAAACCAGUACUUAAUGGACAACAUUUAAGAUAUUUUUUAAUUAGUGUGCUAUUUCGCUGUGGGAAAUAUUGUCAAUGGUCUGUUUUGAAUGUUGUCAUGGUACAGUGCAGGGUGAACUGUGUAGACAUUCCCAAUGUUUUUCCUCAUAUAGCACUAAGAUAGUUCACAAUGCCAUUGAAUGUUCCCUUUUGUGUUGUAUGUGGCUGUUCUGUGUCCAAAUAUACCACCUGAUGCUCCACACUACAAAUACAGACGUUGCUUCUUUAUGGGA